UUUCCAUGGCAACGUUUGUAAAUAGUGGGUGUGGCUACGGGAAGAACGGAACAUGCGCAGGAGACAAUUCAGGGAGGAUGGUGGCGGAUGCUGUGGUUGCUAUGAAGUCGUGAAGGGGAAGGCCGUGAUCCCAGCCCUGCUAUACCGCGCCUACAGGCCGCAGAGAUGUGAGGCACCAGUGUAUCUGGGACCUGCUGGAGACAAUGAGGGCCCCACUAUCCACCCGAUCCGCCAUGCCUCAGGUCGGUGACUCCAGAUUAGCGCGGGGUCGAGACGGCGCCAUCACCUCGCAGUCCGGUGUAGCCGGCAGGGUGAUCACCUCCCUGAGGACCGUCAGCCAAGAACGCUCCGCCUACGCCAGCACGCUCUACACCAAUGGCUCCGCCCAGAAACUGCGGCCACUGCCCCCUCCGCCCGCCCUGGAGGAGAAACGUAAGCCGGACCGUGGGCGCAACACCCAGCGGGCAGACUCCGUCAGUAAGCGGGGGCCAGUAAAGGCCAAUCACAUGAUCAAGGUCACCUGUCCAGCCCCCACCACCAUCAAACCCACCGCCCCGGCCCCCCGCUCAGCUGCCGGUGGUCUCUCCCGCUCAAAAUCUGUCAGUCACAUGGACCUGAGCUCAUCCAAAGAAAAGAUGGAGGACUGGGGCGGGGGUCUGCCUCGGGCGGCGGUCAGACAGCGGAGCGCCUCCUCCAGCCGCAAGCCGCCACUGGACACCGCCGCACUGAAGAGGAGCAGCUCCCUGCGGAGAGUCACCGCCCUGCCCAGCCUGGACCCCCCGAAAACGGGCAGCGCCCCCCGGAGUGAAGGAAGGAAACCCUCUCAGGAAAACCCAGACUCCUGUCAACCCUCGCACGGGAGCCCCCCACCUGACAGCAAGACCCCCGAUAUCACUGCAACCAGGACCCAAGAGAAGGCGUCUCCUCCCCCUCGGGUUCCCGUGCUCGGCUCCGGCCACGUGGGACUGCGCAAUUUAGGUAACACGUGUUUCCUGAACGCCGUCCUCCAGUGUCUGAGCAGCACGCGGCCUCUACGAGAUUACGUCCUGCGCCAGGAGUAUCGGCAGGAGCAGCCGGUCAGCAGCCGGACACAGCAGGAGCUCACUGAGGCCUUCGCCGAUGUCGUUGCCUCGUUAUGGAGCCCGGAGGCCCCGGACGCUGCAAACCCCGCGAGGUUAAGAACGGUCUUCCAAAAAUAUGUCCCCUCUUUUACAGGGUACAGCCAGCAAGAUGCUCAGGAAUUUCUCAAGUUCUUCAUGGACAGGAUUCAUGCAGAAAUCAACAGGAAGUGUCGGAAAACUCCCAGCAUCCUCUCUGAUGCCAAGCGUCCUGUGUCUCUGGAGCCUCCGGACUCUCUCAGUGACGAUGAACGAGCCAAUCAGAUGUGGAAGCGAUACCUGGAGCGGGAGGACAGUAAAGUGGUUGAUCUCUUCGUGGGCCAGUUGAAGAGCUGCCUUAAGUGCCAGUCCUGUGGCUAUCGGUCACCUACCUUCGAAGUUUUCUGUGACCUUUCCCUCCCAAUCCCCAAGAAAGGCUUCAGCGGUGGUAAAGUUUCCCUCCUCGACUGCUUCAGCCUUUUCACCAAGGAGGAGGAGCUGAAUUCGGAGAACGCCCCGAUCUGUGACCGCUGCCGGCAGAGAACAAAAAGCACAAAAAAGCUCACAAUCCAGCGCUUCCCCCGCAUCCUCGUCCUACGUAUCCAACACACAGUCAGCUCUGCGAGUAUUCGCCUCCCAGACCUGAACAGAUUCUCCACCACCCGAUUCUCUAUCAAGAAGUGUUCGGUGUUUGUGGAUUUCCCCCUUCACAGACUCAACCUGAAGGAGUUCGCCAGCGAGAAGGCAGGGAGUCCUGUGUACAAUCUCUACGCUCUGUGCAAUCACUCGGGCAGCGUGCACUAUGGACACUACACGGCCUACAGCAAGGACCGGUCCGGAUGGUUCUCCUACAACGACUCCCGGGUGGCCCCCAUCAGUGAGGCUCAGGUGCAGUCCAGUGAGGCCUAUGUCCUCUUCUACGAGCUCGAGGAGUCCGGUCUGAAGAAGUGAUGUAGUCCUCAGGGGAGGGGCUUCUGGAACAGCCAAUGGGAUUGGCCGGUGCGGCUCCUCACCUGGAGUAUCUUGUGAUUGAAGCAAUAAAAACUCUGCUGUAAACCGUUCGGGUGAUUUUUAGACUGAACUUGAGACUGUUCCUUUAAGAGGAUCAGGUCGGGACUGAUAAUCCAGCAUACGGAGGACUCUGUGGAACCACAAGUUCCAGCCAUCUCGGUGAUAGCUUUACUGUUUACUAGGACAAGGACCAAUAGUGAAUAACUGGGAAUUUUGCACAGUGAUGUCUGCACCUUUAAAUCCAAUAUGGCUGACAAGCCAGUCCCCACUGGGCCUGUUACUCAACUUUCCCAGUCUCCUGAGUGGCAAAUUACUGUUUUCUUGUUAAGCUUCUGUGAAAGCUGUUUCACAUUAUCACCUAGCUUUCCCAGAGCCCUGAAUAAGAUUUGAUCAUCUUACAAUAAAUAAAUACCCAGAUUUGCCAAUGAGAGCUGGGUGAUCACAACCACUAUAGCCGCCCUAUUACUACCAAAUGGGGCAUAACCCAGCUUUCCUACAGUCCCGGCAGCAUAUAAUGAACGGAUACGUUUCCUUCACCAUAUUUCUGCAGGAGCUUUGCCUUUCAGUAGUCUGGAGAAACUGAGUUAGAAUUGUAAUGGGCAUGGACUGGUUGUAACCCAGCUUUCUGAGAAACAGACUCCUGGACUGAUACUUUUUGGGGGGUUUGAGGAAAUGAAUUGAGGCGAGAGGAGCCUCAAACCUCAGUCCCUGGAGAGGAUGGGAACCUGAGCAAUAAGAAGUCCGAUCCCUGCUGCUCCGCCCCCUCUGUGCCCCUCUACGUCCUGCUCUGUGCCCCUCUACGUCCUGCUCUGUGCCCCUCUACGUCCUGCUCUGUGCCCCUCUACGUCCUGCUCUGUGCCCCUCUACGUCCUGCUCUGUGCCCCUCUACAUCCUGCUCUGUGCCC